AUGAGCGUGCACUCGCUUGACUACGCGCAACCUGGCACCACGCGACUCGAACCACUUCCGAAUCUUGACCUUGAAGCAGGACGACAAUCUCCUGCCUCCCCCAAUGUGCACAGAUCCCCAGACAGGAGAGCUGGGUCAUUCGCAGACGCUUUUACCACGGCUGCAGCACGGGUUAACUCUACCGAUACUACCAAACGUCGCAUGCGACGCUCAAAUACAGCGCGCUCCUAUCGUCCAGAAGGCUUUACCCCGGAUCCGAACUGGCAACCUGGAACUGAACCUGGUAUUGAUCCAACCAAGACCCUCCCAGCUUCCAGCGCUGAAUGGGCAUCGAAUGUACCGAGCGAUCUGCACCGGGAGUGUGAGAUCACAGUGGUGGAUUUCUCGCAACACGAGAUGCGACAAUAUAGUUUAGACAACUCGACUCUGGCACAGUUUCUGGCGCGGGAGCGAGAGCCAUGGGUGCAGUGUCGAUGGAUCAAUGUGAAUGGUCUCAGCUGGGACGUUAUCAAAAUCCUCGGAAACCACAAAAAACUGCAUCGGCUUGCGAUUGAAGACGUGGUUCACACAACGAACCGAACAAAAGCCGAUUGGUACUCUGAUCAUGUUUUUGUCGUCUUAACCCUGCAGAAGUUGAUCAAAUUGCAAGAGGAGAAGAGCGACUCGGAAGACGAGGACAUCUCAGAUGGCAAGUCAAGGGGAAGGAGUGGAUCUGUUUCCAGUGAUAAGAGUUCAAUCUCUCUCAAACGGCCCACAAAGCGAAAUCUCAUUAUCGACGCACUCAAGGAUAUUCUCCGGUCUAAGAAGGGGUCAAAUGAAGAGCGCGAAGAAAAGAUUCCCGUUGGGGCUAGUGUCCGCCCAGGUCCGCGAAGACAGUCUUCAAAACAUACCUCCCACUUUGGAGAUUUGUCUGCUACCAAAGGGCGUACUGCUAGAACUUUACAGCGAUACCGUGGUGGCCCGAAUGAAGGCCGAAUUGAAUUCAUGGAACGGCAUGCUGUUCUGGCUGCCAAAAACCUAUGCGUCACGCUGGAGCAGGUCUCAAUUUUCUUGCACGCGGACAACACAGUGACAUCUUUCUUCGAAAGCAGCGCCGAUGACAUUGAAGCUCCUAUUGUACGACGACUGAGUGCCCCAGAGACCAUUUUACGACAAUCGUGUGAUGCAAGCAUGCUGAUGCAAGCUAUUCUUGACGCCAUCAUUGAUCUCGCUCUUCCAGUUACCAUGGCCUAUCAAGAUGCCAUCGGUGACCUAGAACUUGAAGUUUUGACCGAUCCAGAUAUCGAUCAAUCUAAGAGUUUAUAUAUUCUGACAUCGGAAAUCUCAGUAUUGCGCAAUUCAAUGCAGCCCAUUGUCGCCGUGAUUAAUACGCUUCGUGAUCACCGAUCCCAACCCGUCGGUACGCCAGGUCUUGGAAUUGUACGCAGAAGCCCUGCCACCCAAGGUACUGGCACAGGAGACAACUACUAUGACGACAUGGAUGAUCAACGAAUCGAAGUUGCGCCGCCAAAUUUGAAGAGCGUCAGCGGCUCGACUGUGACAAUAAGCCACAUGUGCCACACAUACCUCGGUGAUGUGCUGGAUCAUUGCAUCACGAUCGUGGAAGGAUAUGAUCAAAUGCGACGUGCUGCGGAUAACAUGAUUGAUCUGAUUUUCAACACCAUUGGAGCCUACCAAAACGAAAGCAUGAAACAGCUAACACUCGUCACUUGCCUGUAUCUCCCGAUGACCUUCUUGACAGGUUAUUUUGGAAUGAAUUUCAAAGACUUUGCUGGCAUUGAGAACAGCGAUUCCUACUUUUGGAAGAUUGCUAUCCCUUUUGUCUUUGUGACUACCUGUUUCUUAAUGCGCGACAAAAUCCAGCGCACUGCCGUCAUGCUCGCUCAGAAGCGUCUUAUCACUAGCUCCAGAAAACAACGACAGGGAGGCAAGGGGAGGUACUAA